AUGUCAUCUUGGAGAAACGUAGGAAAGACCGGCGAAGCGGACAGUGCGGGAUCUGGCCAGACGCCUCAGCAGACGGAGGAGGGUAGCCAUGAGGCUAGCUCCAGCCAUAGUAGCUCGAUGUCAGAGACAAAGUCCGCCACCGCUUCUCCCGAUCAAGCCCGCACCCUCGAAAAAGCCAAGGCGGCACGGGCCUUCGAAGACAGUAUGCUUCGCUGCGACCGAAAGAAGCCUUGUCUCCCCUGCGUGCGGCGCCAGCGCGAGUGCCUGUACGAAGGAGACGAGCAAGAAGAUGUUGCUGAGGCGGACAGCAAACCAACAUCAGGAAGGAGAAGUGAUGACAAGUAUUCGAGAACUCGCUCUUUGGAACGAUCGACGUCUCCUGUGGCCGGUCCAUCAACGGACUACUUCACGCGAACAUGGUUUGAUCAUAUGCUCACCUUCUUUGGCACCAACAACGUCCUCUCCCGUCGCAUCAUCGGCCAUCUUCUCGACAGAGUCAUCGAGCCGACGCACCACCACUGGUUUCAACUAUGCCAUGUCGGCUCAGUACGCAACGCUGUCAUGCGUCAGGAUCUUCGCGAGACAGUCAAUCCUGCUCUCGCGUUUGCAUUAGUUUCGAUGGCGAUACGACAGCGAAGCGCCAAGUUCGCCUACGGCUUGAGUCAGCAACCGACCAGCAUGAUACCCGUCGAAAUCGUUCCACCUCCUUCGCGGCCUAAUGACAUUUCUGACAAGCUCAAGCAGGCCGCUGACGCCUACCUCGCCCAAGCCAUCGUCUCGGCCGAUCAGGCUACGGGGAGCUGGCUUGAGAUUGCUCAGGCGGCUAUGCUGCUAAUGCACCUUGAGCCAGAGCUGUCUCCUGCCUACCUCCAUUACCUACAAAUCACUCUGACUUUCACCAGGGCACCUGGCUUGCAGGCCGCUCUCGAGAGCGAAGCGAAGCAGACAACGGGCAAUACGUUCCAGGACUCGCCCAUGCAGACACCGCAAACACCCGAUGUGCGAAGGAGCUCUAUCAAGAUCGAAGAGGCCGCUCGUCUCCGCCUAUUUCCUCUAUGGCUCAGCAGUCGUCUUGGCAUGAUUUUUCCAAACGUUGAAUUGAGACAGCUGGGCUUGGCGCCAGGCGACGUUGACGGGGCAUUUUGCUUUGCACCUUGGCCCGACGAGCCUCUGCCACCAAAAGAAUCACCCGCGUACCGACCACAUGCGAUCCAGUCCAGAAUUCUCGGCCUCAAUCUCCUCUCUGUGGGGCUCAAAGCAAGAUUUUUGCCUCUCGAGCUCGACUACACCGAGCCCAGCGAAGAUCUGGGCAACAUGCUGCGACGCAUCGAUGUUGCCGAACAGAUCUUUGGUGCACGGCGGCCAGCUGUAGACCUCACCAGCGCGUCGUACGCGAGGCUGAUGAUGCUGCGUUUCUGUACCAGCGUCUGCCACUUGCACGGGAUCAUUCUGAGGAGGACUGGGCUGCUGCACAGCACAUCGCUUCGCAGCCGCGUCGUGGCGCGCAUUCAAGAGGCCAGGCAAAUGGCUCCGGGCCGGGGGGAAGUUCGGGGCCGCGACGAGGUAUCGAAAUUAGCUUCCGCUGCCGCUGCCGCUGCUGCUGAGUCUGACUUUGAGGAGAAAGGCAUAUGCGAGAAGGACGACCUUAUCUUUGACUCGCCGACGAUCACGGCGUGGCCCGACGUCCAGCAGCUCUACAUGACAGAGCUCGACGUCGACUACAUCGCUCACUGCGACGGCCACCCCCUUCACACGUCACAAUUUCAGCUCGACGUGCUACGCCUCUGCGCCGCCGCAACUGUGCAAUUGCGCGAUGGCGUUGUCAAUACCUUGCGAGUGGCCGGGUCAUGGUCCUUUACGCAGACCUCCGCGUCGUUUCAAAUUGCGGAGCUGUGCCAUGUUGACUUUGCAUGA